AUGGCGAGUGGCAGAAACAAGGAACCCAAAGUGGGAUCAGGUGACGAGGCCGCUAGCUCGGCAGGUCCGCCAGGGGUGGCAGCGGCGCCGCCACAAGGAGCUGAGCCCGGGGACGAUGAGGCGGCGGCGGCCGUGCUGGCUGCUGCCCCCACCAGGCCAUACUACGAGUGCGUCUUCUGCAAGCGCGGGUUCACCACGGCGCAGGCUCUCGGCGGGCACAUGAACAUCCACCGCCGCGACCGUGCCAAACCCAGCGUCCGCGACGCUCCCAGCGGCACCACCACAUCAGCGUCUCCAAACGUCGAGUGCUAUAAUCAGUAUUACAGCCACUGCCUGCCGUAUCCCACAGUGCCUCCGGCGACGGCGACGCCGAUGAGCACGAGCGGAAGUUUCACGCUAGCGUACUACCAGCAACAGGGCACAGGGAAUUCGACCGGGGUCGCGCAUGCGGAUGCCUCCGUGAACCCUAGCAGUGCUAGCCCGAGGGAGCUCAGCCUGUUCGGUGCGGCAGCUCGUGACCGUGACUUGCACGGCGGCGGUGGCGACGGGUCUGGCGUGGCGCCAGAAGGGUCGGAUCGGCAGGCAGGUGAGCCGCCCGAAAGGGAGCUUGACCUGGAGCUCAGGCUCGGACGUCGUCCGCAUUGA